CGGUCCCGGUCCCGGUCCCUGUCCCGGUCCCGGUCCCUGUGCGGCCGCCAUGCCCCGCAGCUGCAGCCGCAGCCGCCCCCGCCGCGGCCUCCUCCUCCUGCUGCCGCCCCUGCUGGUCCUGCUCCUGCCGCCGCCGCCGCUGCUGGCUCUGCUGCUCGGCCCCGAGCCCGACCGCGACCCCGACCCGGACCCGGACCCCGACCCCUCCGCCGCCCCGAGGGACCCCUGCGCGGCGCGGCCCUGCCGGAACGGGGGCUCCUGCUCCCCCCAACCCCACCCCGCCGCCCAACCCCGCUACGCCUGCGCCUGCCCGCCCGGACUCACCGGCAACACCUGCCAGUUUGUUGCAGACCCUUGUGCCAGCAACCCCUGUCCCCAUGGAAACUGCAGCAUCCGCGGGGACGGCUACCUCUGCGUCUGUGACGAAGGCGGCGAGGGCUCGAGCUGCGACCCCCCAUCUCCCAGCCUCCCGGCUUCGGGCUGGACGGAGUCCCUGGCACCGAGACAGCUUCAGCCUGCCCCGUCGACUCAGGAACCUGAUGUCCUCUUGCCCCCCUCGCAAGCAACUGUGGCGCUCCCCACAUGGCAGCCCAGAGCUGGGCAGAAGCUAGUUGAUUUGAAAUGGGAUGAAGUAGAGAUCCUCCCAGACAUUGCCUGCGGUAAUGGCAGUUCCAACAACUCGGCCGGAGGUCGACAGCUCUCCUUUGAUGUCCCACAAAACACUUCAAUAAAAAUUCAUCAGGAUGCCACAGCCUCUCUAAUCCUGUUGUGGAAGGUGACUGCAGUGAGUUAUCAACAAUGCUCCCUUAUAGAUGGCAGAAGCAUCACCCUUCUCCAAACCCUGGGUGGGCUUGUCCUUUCGGAUGAAAUGCUUGUAUUAGGAAACAACUACUUUAUUGGUUUUGUGAAUGAUUCAGUCACUAAAUGCAUUGUGGCACUGCGUUUGACUGUGGUAGUAAAGAACAGCACCUGCCUGCCAGUGGAAAGCACUGCACGUGACUUGCCAUGUUCUGGAAAAGGAAAAUGUACCACAAAACCAUCACAGGCCACAUUUUCCUGCGAGUGCGAGGACCAUUACGUGGGGGAUUUCUGUGAAGAGUUUGAUGCCUGCCAAGGAAAACCCUGCCAGAACAACGGCACCUGUAUUGAUGCAAGUCAGAAGCACGACGGGGACAAUUUCACCUGCAUUUGCUCUGCUGGUUUCACUGGAGAGCUUUGCCAGUCCAUGGUGAAUUACUGUGUCCCCGAGUCAUGCCAGAAUGGAGGGACGUGUCUUUCUGGUCUCAGUGGAUUCAGUUGCCAGUGCCCACCAGGGUACGUGGGUUCGUCUUGUGAAGAGGAAGUGGAUGCGUGCGCCUCUUCCCCCUGCCAGAACAAUGCCACGUGUCUGACUGCCGGCUCCCACUUCAGCUGCAGCUGUAGCCCUGGAUUCACAGGCCCCACCUGUGCUCAGCCCAUCGACUUCUGCGCCCUCAAUCCCUGCGCGCACGGGAGCUGUCUCAGCCUUGGAACCAGCUAUAAGUGCCUUUGUAGUCCUGGGUACCAUGGCCUGUAUUGUGAAGAGGACUAUAAUGAGUGUCUGUCGGCACCUUGCCAAAACGCUGCCACCUGCAAAGACCUGGUCAAUGGCUACGAGUGCUUGUGCCUCCCACAAUAUAAAGGAACACACUGUGAAUUGUACAAAGAUCCUUGUGUGAACAUCAGUUGUCUGAAUGGUGGUAAGUGUGACAGUGAAGACCAAAAUGGGACAUGUAUCUGCGCACCUGGAUUUGCAGGUGAUGAGUGUGGGAUUGACGUGGACGAGUGUGAGAGUGACCCCUGCCUCCACGCUGGCACCUGCAUCGACCAGCCCAACGGUUACUCCUGCCACUGCCCCCGAGGCUGGGUGGGAACCAACUGUGAAAUCCAUUUACAGUGGAAAUCUGGUCGAAUGGCAGAGAGUCUGACCAACAUGCCCCGCCACUCGCUGUACAUCAUCAUCGGCGCCCUCUGCGUCGCCUUCGUCCUCAUGCUCAUCAUCCUGAUCGUGGGCAUCUGCCGCAUCAGCCGCAUCGAGUACCAAGGCUCCUCCCGGCCGGCGUACGAGGAGUUUUACAACUGCCGAAGCAUCGACAGCGAGUUCAGCAGUGCCAUCGCCUCCAUCCGGCACGCCAGGUUUGGAAAGAAAUCUCGCCCCGCCAUGUACGACGCCACGCCCGUCGCCUAUGAGGAUUUCAGCCCCGAUGACAAACCCUUGGUCACCCUGAUCAAAACCAAAGAUUUGUAACCGGCGGAGUCCAUCUCUCCCGGAUCGGUGCCGGCCCCUGGGUUGGGGGCAUCAUUGCGGUCAAGUCUCUGGAAGAAGGAGAUGAAAGAAAUCCACAUUGUUUGCUGCUCAAGAAUUUUCCGUAGAAUAUUUAAGAACUAAUUUUCUGCAGCUUUUAGUUGGGAGGAAUAUUUCGAAAACUGAAUUUGCAAGAUUCAUGAGUUACACCUUAGUGUACUUUCAGCUCUUUAAACUGUACGCGUCUGAUAGUGUGUGCUUUUUCCUGGUAGACACUACUGCUAAAUCUGGGUGAAUGUCUGUGGUUGUUUAGAGAAUCAAUUUAAUCGACGAGAAGUUUCUAUCGGACAUUUCAGUGCUGCCUUUCUGAGUAGAGUUAGGAAAAAAGUGAAGUGUUAAUAGGGUGCAUAAUGCUGUAUAUCCGUUACUUCAAAGAAAUCUAAAAUAUACUGUCUGUGUCGAAAAAGAAAAUAGUAAAAUUGAUUAUUCUUAAUUUGAAUGGUAUCAGCUUUAGCCUUCUUCUGUGCAUGGGUAGGUAACCUGUCUCUGCAUUGUUUCUCUGGAACCUGCUGAAACAUACUUUUGAACUUUAUGUUUGCCCUUUUUGGUAACAGUAUUCAAGCUAAGCCUUGGAAAAGCAUUUAGCGAAAAUGGAUAGAAAUUAGGAUGGAUCUGAAUCUAUAUUUUUCUUUAAGAAGUCAGAGUUUUUAUAUUGUGACUAUACUAAAUCUAGGAUUUUAAUUGUUUGCUUUGAAGAGUCCGUUCAUAUGCAGAAUCAACUUAUUCAAUACUGUGUUUUUCUCAUGGCGUGUUUUAUUUAUUCUACACAGGAAAUUUUGUGGCUGCUUCAAUUGCUCUGUGCUUCUUCAAAUCCUUGCUUAUUUCAAUAAAUAUCGAAUAAAUGUUAUCAAGUCAA